GGGCCGUCGUGGUUACCAGGCAACGCGGGGGCCCCGCGGGUUCGCGGUGGCUAUGGGGCCGCCCGGCCUCCAGACGAUCUUGCUGUUACUUCUGAACUGCUGGGCCUCUGUGAACGCCCAGGCCGGGGCCACCCUGGCGGUGACGACGGAGGAUCUCAACUCUACGGAGCCAUCCCCGACGACUCUCCGACCUGCUUUGUCUCCUAUGCCCUCCGGGCCCCCCAGGGUCCCCGAGCCCUCCUCCGGUCCCAGGCCCACCCCAGUCACGGAUGUUGCUGCUCUGUGUGUCUGUGACCUGUCCCCAGCACAGUGUGACGUCAACUGCUGUUGUGAUCCUGAUUGCAGCUCCAUGGAUUUCAGUGUCUUUUCUGCUUGCUCAGUUCCAGUUGUCAUGGGUGACAGUCAGUUUUGUAGCCAAAAAGCAGCCAUCUAUUCAUUGAAUUUUACAGCACACCCACCUCAGAGAGUCUUUAAACUUGUCGACCAGAUCAAUCCUUCUAUUUUCUGUAUUCAUAUUACAAACUAUAAACCUGCAUUAUCCUUUAUUAAUCCGGAAGUGCCUGAUGAAAACAAUUUUGAUAAAUUGAUGAAAAUAUCUGAUGGUUUUUCACUGAAUGCAGAAUCAGAUGUUUCUUUCACAACUGAAUCAAAUACUCCAAAUACUGCUAAAUAUGAGUAUGGGGUUCACCUGCAGACUUCAGAUUCAUUUCUGAGAUUUCCUUCUCCCCUGACGUCAUCUCUGUGCACCGACAAUAACCCUGCAGCAUUUUUGGUGAACCAAGCUGUUAAGUGCACCAGGAGGAUAAAUUUGGAACAGUGUGAAGAAAUUGAAGCCUUGUGCAUGGCUUAUUACAGCAGCCCGAAAAUUUUGAGGGUGCCUAAUUCAAGAACAGAGGUCCCGAUCACUGUUCAGUCCAUUGUCAUUCAAUCUCUAAAUAAAACGCUAACCCGACUGGAAGACACGGACGUAUUGAAGCAGGCUCUUCUCGAGGCUGGGCCUGUUAAAAUCUGUACUAACGUUGUUCUAGAGGUAAAGUACAGCCUCACAUACACAGAUGCAGGUGAAAUAACAAAAGCCUAUCUGUCUCUCCUUCUGGGGACCGUUAGCAAUGCAAUGAUUCCACUUCAGCAAAAGUUUGAAAUUCAUUUUAUUCAGCAAAACACAAAGCCAGUUCCUCUCAAUGGAAACCCUGGUUAUGUUGUGGGGCUCCCACUAGCUGCCGGAUUUCAGCCGCACAAAGGGUCUGGGAUUAUUCAGACCAUGAAUAGAUAUGGACAACUUACCAUUCUUCGUAGCACAGCUGACCAAGACUGCUUAGCAGUAGAGGGAAUCCGGGCCCCAGUGCUAUUUGGUUCCAGUAUGCAAUCUGGCUGUAAACUAAGACUGACCAGCGCUACCACUUGUCCGCUUGUGGUGGAGAAGGCGAAGAGCCUGCUCAAGGGCCAGAACUUCCCAGAUUAUGUGGCCUCUUUUGGAAAUUCCCGGCCCCAGGAUGUGCUGGACUGGGUGCCCGUCCACUUUGUCAUCCAGGCACUCCACGUGAAGGAUUCUUGCCAGCUCCCAGUGGCUUUGGUUAUAGAAGUGAAGUGGACUAAGUACGGAUCCUUACUGAACCCACAGGCUAAAAUAGUCAAUGUAACUGCAAAUCUAAUUUCAUCCUCAUUUCCUGAGACCAACUCAGGAAAUGAAAGGACGAUUCUUCUUUCCACUGCGGUUACUUUUGUGGAUGUGUCUGCACCUGCAGAGGCAGGCUUCAGAGCUCGGCCAACCAUCAAUGCCAAGCUGCCCUUUAAUUUCUUCUUCCCGUUUGUUUGACCCUGCUCAUUCACAUGAAAUAUAUACUGGUUCCUUAAUAUCCAUGUGAGAUGUGAAAACUGUACAUUGGAUGAGAUUAAAUUCUAUAUACAACUA